AUGAACUCUGUAACAGUUAAUGACCACAGCAACGAUCAAACUGAGCAGCCACACCGUGAGGAUGAAAAUGGAAAAGAUGAAGAAGAGUGCAGAGGCCAUCUCAUCACUGUCCAUGGUGUAGUACAUGAUAUCUGUGAAAGUAUUGGCACUGAUAAUCACAAACACCAUUUGCAUUGCAAUGAAUAUAUUAUCAAAACCGAUGGUAUUCCCGGCUUGGACUUGUUGGUCGAAGAGUCCAGAUAUGAGCCGCAAAAUUGCAUGGAGUUUUCAAAAAUGUCUGUUGGGUCGUCUGGGUUAGUCCAAACACAGUGUCUUCUAAGAGACGACUUGAACGAUUGCACGCCGAUCAUGGCCAUCAAGACCCAAAAAACGAACAGAACCAAAGACGGUCCUGCGGCCUGGUGCCCAGCCUUGCGAAGAGACUUCAGAAUCAGUCGUGUUCCGUGGGUGAGGUUCAACAAUCUCAAAAUUCUAAGACACAUUAAAGAUCGGAAAAUCAUACAUCCGUGA